CAUCUGCACGCGCCGACAACAUGAUCGCAGACCACUCCGACUUCUCUUUCGACAGCGCAUGAACGAGUCUCCAUCAUGCCGCGCCUCGUCCGCCGCACGCCGCUGAUCGAGCGCAUCAAAGCUCGCCUCGACCCUUACGAUCUCCUACUUUGGCUGGCAGAGGAGCUCAACGACGAUGCAUACGAGGAAUGGCUGAAGAUCUGGGCGGCUCCGAUUGGGUUCGGACUGAAUGUUGCGUUCAUACUGGCAAGAGGCGCAAGCAGAUCGAGCGGCGGGAGAGGUGGGAGGGAUGAUGUGUUUGGAGACAUGGAGCAAGGGAGUGGAUGGUUCGCAUGGCUGUCUGCCUUCUUGGUGCAGUCUCUCACACUGCUCUGCUGUCUAAAUGCCGGCAUGGUCUUCUUCGCCAGGAAGUCAUACCGUCUGUUCGAACAGCCAGUCGACAUUGCGCCUGCCACACCCUCCGCGCACCGCGUCCGAGUCGACAGCUCACCGAUGUCAUCUUCACCACUGCGAUAUCUCCAAGGAGUCAUCUCCUCAGCGACAGCAUCAUCACGAGCAUACCCUGACGCCGAACGCGAGGUAUGGGAGCUCGCUAUCUGGGAUCCGAAGCCCUUCAACCUCUCGAUCUUCACUCUCUUCUCUCCUGGCCAUGUUCUGGUCUACUAUCUCCUACUACCUCCCAACACGAUGGACAGCCGGCCCACCACUACCGUCAUGACCGCAGUCGCAUUCUCUGCACUCCUCUCCCUUCAGCUCUGGUUCUUGAAAGCCUCGUUCAGCCAACAAGCGAAAGACUCGGCGCUCGUCCAUGGUGAGGUGAUGAACGAGUACGACACAAAGUUUGUGCGACCUAUCCUCAACCGACCCGUUCGUGAUGUCGGUAUCCAGACACGCGAGAGCGCACUCACACCGCGCGGCACCAAGACCCGCGAGGUCGAUGUCUACACAUCCACCACGAUCGUCAACCGCGGAUUCAAAACAAAUCCCAACCCAAAUUAUGCUUCACAGUACGAUCCCGACAAUCUCGCAUCCCGCAAGACCGACUCGAAGAGAAGCUCCAACAUUGGCACCCCUCAGCCUUUCACAGAUACUCCUACCAAUGGGUACACAAACGCCUACACGCAAUCACGACCCACAACCAGCGGCGCACCGGACUUCUCAUCACCCAUCAAGCCGCAUCAUGAGCUGCUGCGCGAACGAAUCCCAAUGAAGGGUGAUGGAGGUAGCUUGGGAGUCUACACGCAUGCCGCGAGUCCGCUCAGGAAGGCUGCUAGCAGUAAUCAACUUCGAGCAGGACGCGAGCGUGAGGGGCUGGAGAGGAGGACUCUAGGAACACCGCUGAAGAGGAUGAGUACUCUCGGCAACGGCUCGCCGCUUACGCAGGAAGAAGCACGGCGGCGCAGAGAGACUGGGAGGUUUUGA